AUGGAUCAUUCGCUGUUCUCCCACAACUCGAACAGCUCCGAAAGCUCGGCAGUCGCAUCCUCAACCACACUGCUGCACUCGGUGGCCAGCCCGCCAGGACAUGGGACCCAAGCCGGUCAGGGAAGCAGCAGCUGCAGUACAGUCAACAUCGGUGAAGUGUCCUCGACGUGCAGCCUUGGUUCGGCGGAGGACACCGUUUCGUCACCGGCGUACAUCAACACCACCACCGAGUCAUCAAUAUCGAGCCUGGAUGAUCUCAAAAACGAAGAUCCACCAUGCGCCGGUUCGGAUGCCAGCUCGACGACGUCCACGAAAACGUUCGUCGCCUGCAAAGUGUGCGGGGACAAAGCGUCCGGUUACCAUUACGGCGUCACCUCGUGCGAGGGCUGCAAAGGUUUCUUCCGACGCAGCAUCCAGAAACAGAUCGAAUACCGGUGCCUGCGCGAUGGCAAGUGCCUCGUAAUACGCCUCAACCGCAACCGGUGCCAGUACUGUCGCUUCAAGAAAUGUCUCUCGGUGGGCAUGAGCCGUGACUCCGUGCGGUAUGGACGAGUACCCAAGAAAUCACGCGAAUCCGGAAGCUGCAACGAGGAGAACAUGAACAUUUGCGUCAACUCAACAACGCCCUCGGUGGCGCUUAGUUCCGGUCUCGGAACGGGCUCGAACGCCACAUCCACCAACAGCAAUCACGGCAACAACGGUACCAGCAACAGCGCCAUCAACAGCAGCACACCAAACGCCAUGUCCACCAACAGCUGCACCGAGAUUAGCACCUCGACGACGAUCCUGCCGGAUUCGAUGACGUUUACGCCACCAGAGCUGUCCGUGUACGACAUCAUCCAGUGUAUCGCACAGGCUCACAGGGGCCACUGUACCUACACGAGUGAGCAGGUGAAGGAGUUGAGCCGAAUAUCGCUGCUGAGCUACGCCGAGAAGCACAAUUUCCACAUGCAACCACUGGAAUCCCUCGAGGAUCAGCGGAUCUGGUUGUGGCAGCAGUACGCCAUGCGGAUGACUCCGGCCGUCCAGCGUAUCGUAGAGUUCGCGAAACGGGUACCGGGCUUCGGUGAGUUCCUGCAAGACGAUCAGCUGAUCCUGAUCAAGCUCGGCUUCUUCGAGGUCUGGCUUACGCAUGUUGCUCGAUCGACGAAUGAUUCUACGCUGACAUUCGACGACGGUGUCUACAUCACGAGGCAACAGCUCGAGGUGAUCUACGACCCGGAGUACGCCAACGCGUUGUUCAACUUCACCGCCGGGCUCAACAGCUGCUGCCUGAGCGAUAUCGAGAUUGGGCUCUACUCGGCACUGAUCCUGCUCUCAGACCGGCCUGGUUUGGUGGAGACAAAGCUGAUCCUCAAGACGCGCGAAUGCAUCGCGGAAGCACUGCGAGUGCAGAUCACGCGAUCGCGAGCAAACAACGGCAUUGGUGCCCUUCAGAUCAUGCCAGCGCUGGAAGCUCGAGUGCAUGAGCUACGAAUGUUGGGUGAGAAACAUUCGGCCCAUCUGGAAUGGUUCAGGACGAACUGGAGCACAAUUCGGUUGCCACCGCUAUUUGCGGAAAUAUUCGACGUGCCGAAGUGUGAGGAGGACUUGCAGUAG